AAUCAAUGGACGAAUAUACAAGAGAACCUUGUCCGUGGCGCAUAUUUGACGAUGCAGGGGGUGCUUUCUGCAUGGGUGCAAUUGGCGGAGGACUAUUCCACUUCGUCAAAGGUGUCCGCAAUGCCCCCAAAGGAGUCGGAAAUCGGCUCUUUGAAGGUGCAAACUACGUACGAGUGCGGGCGCCGAUCACUGGAGGUGCUUUCGCUAUGUGGGGCUUCACUUUUUCAAGUAUAGACUGCAGCAUGGUUGCAAUUCGCCGCAAAGAAGAUCCGUUCAACUCGAUUUUCUCCGGUUUCGCGACUGGGUUCAUUCUCGCGAUUAGAUCUGGUCUCCCGGCUGCACUGGGGCAGGGCGUGGUCGGAGGGAUAAUUUUGGGGCUGAUAGAAGGCAUGAUGGUGUGGAUGAACAAAAUGGGAGACGCCCAAUUCGAACCUGUGCAUGUUUUGCAGCAAGAAGAACACAUGAAGAAACAGCAGCAGCAGAUGGAGGAGUUUGACAAGAUGAAUUUUACAGAGAGGUUGUCUCACUGGUGGAACCAGAAGGACAACCAGCCAGUUAACAGUGCAUCAGUCAGUGGACCGAUAAAUUACGCCACAGCCAGUACAAGUCAUUAAAUGAAAACCACAUCAAAAACAAAAAAAAAUAAUUUUACAUUUAAAGCA